CUCUUGCUCUCUCUAACUACUAAAGAUUUUUGGAAAAUGUUGAAACUUGGUUGACUUGGUAUGAUUCUCUAGUUCUUGUAAACAAAGUUGGUUUCGAAAUGAAGUGACUUAUGAUGAUAACUCUCAAUUGCUGAUAGGGAUUUUAUUACGCUUCUGUUUAAUUAAUGACUCAACUACUUUUUGUCAGCCCUUUUUUUCAAAACAAAAAUUUGGUCAUAGUUAUGUUUUACUCUGAAUCUCGAGGUGGAUAGAUUUUGAGAUGAAACAGGGUAUUGGUCCAUACCUUAAUGGAAGCAGCAGACAUGCAUGCAAUCACAAACUUCCAUUUCUUAAGUUUCUUCUUCUCAACUCUCUACCAUACCAUGCAUGUGUGUUAUAAUACCUGUAUAAAAACAUCUGCAAGCAUCUACUAGAACAGAGAAGAACCCUUCCACAUCUUUUGGCCAGUGUAAGAGAAUGGAACACAUCUACUACCAUUUCCAACACUGGAUCUUCUUCAUAAGUCUUGGAAUGUUGCUGUCUCUUGCUCUGUCUGCGAAGGCCAAUGAGUUGGAAGGUUCUAAUGAUAGAAGAGCCACUGCUCUCAAUACAAGAAGCUUCAUUUCCAUUUCCAAAAACCGCACAGUCCUUUCUAGAAAGCUUCUGCUCUCUCCUGACAAUGGAGAUGGGACAAACAGGAUCGGACAAGACUGCUCAAAAGAUGAUAUUGUACUCUUUCAAGGCUCGACAAACCCACUUCCAAGUGGAGUUCCUGCAUUUACAGUUGAGAUCUUCAACGCCUGUGUCUCGGAUUGCAAUAUCGCAGAGAUCCACGUCAGUUGUGGCUGGUUCAGCUCAGUUAGACUAGUUAACCCUAGAGUAUUCAGGCGACUCUGCUAUGAUGAUUGUCUUGUUAACGAUGGUCAACCUCUUGGUCCUGGUCAGACACUCUCCUUUCAGUAUGCUAACAGCUUCUCUUACCCUCUCUCUGUUUCUUCAGUCUCUUGCUUCUGAUUCUAGAAUCUAGAUUAGUACCACCAAGUUUGGUAGUUUCCACAAGUUCGUAUUCAAGACUUAUGAGAUAUUUUUUUCGAACUGUGUUUCAAUUUCAUCAAACCAAGAAUCUUGGAACUGAUUUGUGUGUUUAACUCUUUGUAAGCCAGCUUGUAUCCAGUUUUGUUGACAAACUAGUCUUAAAUCUUAAUAACAGAUGCAUGAAAAGAGAUUUUUAUGA